AUGGGCUCCAUCGUGCUCCCUCACCUGCAGACUGCCUGGCACGUGGACCAGGCUAUCCUGUCCGAGGAGGAGCGCCUGGUGGUGAUUCGAUUCGGCCGUGACCACGACCCCGACUGUAUCCGCCAAGAUGAACUCCUCUACAAGAUCGCCGAACGUGUCAAGAACUUCGCCGUGAUCUACCUUUGCGACAUUGACGAGGUUCCUGACUUCAAUACGAUGUACGAGCUAUACGACACCAUGACCAUCAUGUUCUUCUACCGCAACAAGCAUAUGAUGUGCGAUUUCGGCACCGGAAAUAACAAUAAGCUGAACUGGGUGCUUGAGGACAAGCAAGAGUUGAUAGAUAUCAUCGAGACCAUCUACAAGGGCGCGAAGAAGGGUCGUGGUCUGGUGGUCAGCCCGAAGGAUUACUCUACACGAUACCGAUACUAA